AUGCAGACUCCUGCCAUGGUGUCUCUGCUGCUUGUGUCUGUGGGCCUCAUGGAAGCACUUCAGGUAUGGAGCCACCCCCUCACACAACGGGACCUCUUCUCUCAAGAAAUCCCCCUGGACAUGGCCCUAGCCUCCUUCGAUGACCAGUAUGCUGGCUGUGCAAUGGCCAUGAGAGCUGCUCUCCCCGACCUCAACCGCACUGAGUUCCAGGUCAACAAAGUGUACGCCGACGGCUGGACGCUGGCAAGCAGCCAGUGGCAGGAACGCCAGGCCUGGGGGCCGGAGUGGGGCCUCAGCAACACCCGGCUGCCCCCGCCACCCCUAGGCUUCCGCGGUGAGCAUGGGGUGGCCCUCCUGGCCUACACUGCCAACAGCCCCCUGCACAAGGAGUUCAAUGCAGCCGUGCGCCAGGCAGGCCGCUCCCGGGCCCACUACCUCCAGCACUUCUCCUUCAAGACGCUCCAUUUCCUGCUCACCGAGGCCCUGCAGCUGCUUGGCAGGGGCCAGAAUCCAUCCCGGUGCCGCCAGGUGUUCCGAGGCGUUCACGGCCUGCGCUUCCGGCCAGCAGCACCUGGGGCCACCGUGAGGCUGGGGGGCUUUGCCUCCGCAUCCCUGCAGAAUGUCGCAGCCCGGCAGUUUGGUGAGGACACCUUCUUCGGCAUCUGGACCUGCCUCGGGGCCCCUAUCAAGGGCUACUCCUUCUUCCCUGGGGAGGAGGAGGUGCUGAUUCCCCCCUUUGAGACCUUCCGAGUGAUCAACGCCAGCAGACGGGCCCAGGGGCCUGCCCGCAUCUACCUCCGGGCCCUGGGCAAGCACAGCACAUACAACUGCGAGUACGUCAAAGACAAGAGGUGCAAGUCUGGGCCCUGCCAUCUGGAUAAUUCAGCCAUGGGUCAGGGCCCCAUCUCUGGAUUCUGGUCCCUCCUGCUGUUGCUCUGGUUCCUUGUGGUGGAGGCCUUCCCAGCGAGUCCAGGCCUACUCGGAUCCAUCAGACACUGA